UGAAGUUCAUGUCGCUUCCGGUUCUUUAGGUCUUCUGACUUUUUCGCGAAAAGACGGCGAAGGAUAAUUUUCCUGUAAAAUGGGUUUCCAAAACAUUUGGUAUUCGCACCCCCGAAAAUACGGACAAGGAUCUAGAUCCUGCCGAGCAUGUGCUAACAGACAUGGUCUGAUUCGUAAAUAUGGAUUGAAUAUCUGCAGACAGUGCUUCAGAGAAUACGCCGCCGAUAUUGGUUUCAAGAAGUUGGACUAAACGCCGGACAAAAGCUGAGCUGAUUUUUUAUGAAAUAAACAGAACUGCAUUCUUAAUAAUCGUGUCUUUUAUUUUUCAUUAGUAACAUAAAUACAACUCUUAAGAGUGACUGAUCUGUAUAUAGCAAAAAAUCAGUAAAAUGGCUUAAAAAAUCA